UGUCUUUCUUUGAUCUGCAGCUUCCUGCUGAAUCGUCGAGCUGAAGAGUAAAAGUAUUGACUUGGUGAGUGUAAGAGAGAUUUGUUGUGUGACUGAGGAAACAUAUUUUAUCGGAGCUCCACAGUGCAAUACCAAUGAGGGUGAGGGAUUUACCAAAGAGGUCGUUGCUGACAAGCCUGUGCGUUCGAGUACCUGAGAUUUUGUACGUUCGAGAGUAGAGAUUUUGUUAUCCCCAAUGAGAUGCAGCUCGUCACCCCAGCCCCUUGUUGGUGUUUCCCCUUCGCAAAAGCGAGAUGUAGUGUAUCACUCCCAUUCAAAUUGUAGAAGUCGAUUGCGACAGGCAUAUUGAAUUUUGUCGUCUCCAAACAGGACACUGAAGUUUCAUUAGUAUUCCUUACGUCGAUCACCGUUUCAAAUUGAUCGACAUAUCAAGUUGGGGUAGCUAUAGCGAAUUCUUGGCUGACUGCAUCAUUCGUUCUUGUAUGUCGUAACUUUGUAUUUGUAUUUGAUUUAUCUUGAAUAUCAACUUAAAUGUUCGUGGGUAUUUGAUUGGCUAGUAUCUCCCUUUUGAAAGUGCAUGAAAGAAGAAAGACUAUGACCGAAAGACUUUAGCUUCGCGGAAUAGGAAUACGAGGAAGGGUGCAGCACUAUUCGGCGAGCUAGCUGGGUCUUUCGCAGUUCGAGCGAGCAACACGAUUUCGGUCAGAGAACAGCGGGGCUCCCGACUAGCACUUCCGCAACUGCAACAGAGAGUUUUUGGUCUACACCAGUUUUAACAACGCCAUUGGGCCUACCACGAAAUGAAGAGCUUUUAUCCCUGCAACAAUAACGAAGAAUUUAGAAAACACAGGUUCUUCAACUACAUGGAGGCACCGGCAACGGGCCAAAAUCGCUGAGCACCUGGAGGGGAUAGAAGAGGUACAAGAACUUCAUAGCAGUCGCCGCGCAGUCUUCCUCAGAUCAUGCUGGCUGUGACUGCAUGAUUUCGGGGUUUUUUCGCUGUUGAGAACGCAACCGCCCACUGCAUGUUGACACCGCGAUACUUCAGGUCAAAACUGCGAGUAAAAUUCAACGCGAGACAAUUUCCACAACAGUCUGCUGUAUGAGUAGCGAGGAUUAUUCUUUUCCGCGGGAAGUUAAAUCAGUAGCUGCGACCUGCAUAUGAAUAGAACGAUCACUUCUCGCUCUAUGAGUAGAAAUGGUAUACGCACAACGAUAGCGAAACGUCAUUUUUGGCGCUAGACGUCUAAAGCGCCUCUUCGAUACAACUGCUGAUGUAGCCGCGAAUGGACACACAAGCUACCAGAGGCGGUCUUUAUCGGCAUCAUCAGAGUUGAACUGAGUGGAGCUACCACGUGCAGCGUCCUGCUACGAGCGUAAUGAGGUUUCGACCUGCUAGCUUUCAACAAAAGCUUUGCUGAUUCACCAAAACAGUGCAGUUGGAGUAGAAAAAUCAGGAAAAAAGUCGUCAAGGCCCACUGCGCUACAUUUUCUGCGUCGCAAGGACAGUAUCGAGCACUGACUUCUCUCAGUGAGAACUACACUGCACCAGUAACCUUGACUUCUAGCACAACGCAGAGGCUCGCGGCUUUUAGUUUCUAGGACUACACAGCAGUACUGCUCGCUUCCGCCUCGCGGUAGGACAAGAUGGCGGACGUUGCGCCAGAGACUCUCGGAGAUGUCGGUCCCGGUGGCGAGGAGACCGCGAUCAUCAAUCCAACACCAGCGCGCAAGGAUCCGACAAGCAAAUUGAGCAUAAUCAAGCACUUGUCACCCCGGUCCAUCAUACAAGUCUUCCUCACAGUGUUGGCACUGGGUACUCACUUACUAUACUUCGAUGAGUAAUUAUGAACAUUGAACAAGUUACGUCUACGAAGAUGCAGGGAAUGCGGCUUGUAGUAAAAAAAUGUUGGUUAAUAUCGGUCUGGCCGGUAGUUUAGGAUGACUACUUGAGGCGCCAUAGUGAUGAUACUUUAUUUAACUAUGAAUAUAUCAGGUUCUGCGAUCGUCGCGUUCGUGUUUAGCAUAAUAUUUCGCGAUCACUUAACGGUACAAUUGGAAGCGAAUUAUACGGGGACACUAAAGGGCGACUCUGGAGCGAUGGUCUUGCCGUGCCUGCGAAGUACAUUGCAAGACCAGUGCAAUAACGAAAUGAACGACUUAUGCUACGAUAGGUGUUGCCCUCCAGGUAUUGCUUUUUUCAUGCGCAGAAACUGUAGCGAUUCUACUCCAUAUCAAUAGACAAAUCUUCCUUGGACGAUUGAUACUAGCCGGCUGUAAAAAGCAUAUUUGUCAUCCAAAAAAUAUUUGUUUCUUCGUCGAAGAACGAACUCUAUUCCACAAUGUGAUUCUACUUUUGAAUGAAAAAGACUCCAACUCGUCCGACAUUCAGGUUACAUCUGCGAGCGAUCACCAACGGUAGGGCUGUAUUGUCAAGACGGUGAAAAUAUGUGCGGAGGUGGUGAUCUCAAAAAGUUUGCCUGGUGUCGAGAUUUCGCAGAUAUACCAAGAACAUGCAAGUCCGAAGUGUGCCAGACAAAGGCUAUGGUUCCUUUUAGACAUCCUUAUUUUGUAUUUUAACAACCCUCUGGUGGAUCUGGAAUAUUUGUUUUUUCCCCCUGGGAGAAAGAGAAGCUCCUCGUCUUAAAUAAUUCCUUCAUCCAAACUUCUAAAUAAUCAUUGAUGAAAAAAUGAAUGAGCCAACAACUACCCCUCCAAUUUCAAAAGAUACAGGUACACGACAUGACCCUACCAGCCUUUUUUCUAGCAGGAAUCGGAGUCGUGGCGGAUGUUGUAGACUGUGUGGUCUUUUUCGCAGUACCAGACUCCGUUCAGUGCAAAGCAGGCGUGAACCUUUUCAGCAGUUGCAUGAAAUGGUAAGUACCAAAUAAACAUAUACUAGAGUAAGAAUGUAUAAUAUGUAUGCUUCUGUCAGUAAAUGAGUAGCGUGCAUCUUCAUCUGAGUGUUUUGUCCCUCUAACUAUAGCAAUAGUUAUAGUUUUUACUACUCAUCUUCGCCUUGCAUCAUCAAUACUAAAACCACUACUACUCCUAAUAAACGUGAUGUUCCUUAUAGUUUUUACCACUCACCAUACUAAUCAGCGUGUUCCUUUUUCGUACUCAUCUAAUAGUUUGCUGUGCCUUUUGCAGAUGAUGAAACGUUUUCUUGACAACAGAAGAAGUGAAAUUUCACACCCGAUUUAUGUUUCAGGAUCGCGUUUGGCGUAAUACUAGGCGCAGGCACGCAGGGCUUUAUGACGGAGCUCUACGACAAUCAGUGCUUCAACAAGGAGGGAAUGACGAUGGUACUAGCUCUUUUAAGUGUAAAUGUAUUUUCUGACCACGGUUUUUUAACAAGGAGGAGCUGUUAUGUGUAGAGGAAUGCCUUGCAACGUCAACAAUUAUUCUUCUACAUUCAUUGUUCAGGUCCAAGCAACGGGGCAAUAUCUUGUGAGUUUCGUCGUUUCAGAGGUGAUUUCGGCGCUGAUCUCUCUUAUUCUGGCACCAAUAUCAGCGUACUAUGGGGGAAAGCUCAUUGGUGUGCCAUACGUGAAAUCCUGA